CAGCAGAGUACAGAUUAAAAACCGUCGGUCUCUUCUCCUGUCUCUAUUCUCUUCUCACUGCCGUCCCCCAAUCUUCCGCCGUCGCCGCCCACAAUCGCCCCAGUCUAUAUGAUCCCCCAAUUACCAAAUCGUCUUCUCCGGUUCAAGUACCUGCGUCUGUGACUCCUCCUUGUCGCCGGUAGUCAAUUCGUCGGCCGAGGGCGCUGAGCUUGGAGGUUUCCGCCGGGCACACGGUUGUUCCCCUACAAGGGCGAAAGUCUUUUCCCAAAUUUUCGUCUCCCUCCAAAAAAUCUCAGUUCCAUCUCAAUUCAAGGUCUGGUUCACCUUACCCGCUGGCUGAAAGAUAUUAAGGCAGCUCAAUAUAACCCUAAAAAUCUACAGAACCAGGCAAGAGGCAACCACUCCACUCCAGCCGUCUGCCCGUCUCCUCUGUCAUCAAAUCACUGCUCUGCGCCUCCGCACGUCCGCCGUCCCCAAAUCACUGCUCCGCGCCUCUGCCCGUCCACCGUCCCCAAAUCGCUGCUCCGCGCCUCCAAUUGACUGUUAACAGCAAGGAGCUCAAAUUUUCCUUCAUUUUUUCUCCUUUCCACUUGUACCAUAUCUUCUCAAAUCCUCGUGCUGCGGCCCGGGGAUUCGGGCCUGAGGGUGAUGGUGAAGGGACUGAGGGUGAGGGUGAGGGAGAUAAACGCUGCUCUCUGCACUUCCCAUCUCGCCGCCUUCGGCCGCCACCACCACCACCGCCGCCGCCAACUCCCCACGGAUCAAUUAGUCUUGUUAAUUUCUUCGCAUAUGCUGAUCCGUCUAAAAUGAGUUUAGCGGACUCCCCAGCACACUCGUCAAGUAGUGAUGAUUUCGCAGCGAUUCUGGAUGCUGAGUUGGAUACGUUAUCUGAUGCAUCAGCUGAUUCCAAAGAAGUUGGGGAAGAGGAGCAGAAAUAUGCUUUUGCUGAUGAGGACAACUUUGAUUUAGAUCUUCAAAGAGUUAAAAGGCGCAAGGUGGAGUUAUCUGAAGAUGUAACAAAUCCACAGAGUUCCUCAUCUCAAGGAGAGAUGGCAGAAGUUUCAGGAUCAUCAAAUGAGAAGAACAAGUGUCCUCAUCCUGGUCAUAUUGGGGGAAUGUGUGUGAGGUGCGGGCAGAAAAUUGAUGAUGUAUCUGGUGUCGCAUUUGGGGUAAAUAUAAUGAGGAAUGAUGACUACUUAAUCAUUGCCCUUCCAUUUGAUUGUGCUGAUUUGAGGCUUUCCAAUGAUGAGAUGGCCCGAGUACGAGGCAGAGACUUGAAGAACUUGCUACGCAAUAAAAAACUCUAUUUGGUUCUUGAUUUGGAUCAUACGCUGCUCAAUUCGGCCCGUUUUUCUGAUAUUACUUUGGAAGAAGGAUAUUUAAAUAGUCAAGGAGAUACUUUUCCAGAUGCCCUAAAGAGCAGCCUAUUCAGACUUAACUGGAUGCAUAUGAUGACCAAGUUGAGGCCAUUUGUGCACAAAUUCCUGAAUGAGGCGAGUAAUUUGUUUGAGAUGUACAUAUACACAAUGGGUGAGCGUCCAUACGCUUUGGAAAUGGCUAGGCUGCUCGACCCACGGAAUAUUUACUUUAGUUCCAGAAUUAUCGCGCAAGGUGAUUGCACACAGAGGUUUCAAAAGGGUCUUGAUGUUGUUUUGGGGCAAGAAAGUGCAGUCAUCAUCCUUGAUGAUACAGAAGCGGUGUGGGCAAAGCACAAGGAGAAUUUAAUAUUAAUGGAGAGAUAUCACUUCUUCGCCUCGAGUUGCAAGCACUUUGGCUUCAACUGUAAAUCGCUUUCUGAGCUAAAAAGUGAUGAAAGUGAAACAGAAGGAGCUCUAGCCACUAUUCUUAAAAUUCUUCAGCGGGUCCAUGGUUUAUUCUUUGACGAGAAAUCCAAGGACGACCUAGAGGAUCGAGACGUGAGACAGGUGCUGAAAUCAGUUCGGAAUGAAGUUUUAAGGGGAUGUAAAGUGGUUUUUAGCCGUGUUUUCCCAACUAAUUUCCCAGCCGAGCACCAUUCUUUGUGGAAAAUGGCCGAGCAACUAGGAGCCACUUGCUCUAUUGAGGUGGACCCAUCUGUUACGCAUGUGGUCUCAGUUGAUGCAGGAACAGAUAAAUCUCGUUGGGCAGUGAAGGAGAAGAAACACCUGGUUCACCCACGUUGGAUUGAGGCCUCCAACUACAUGUGGCAAAAGCAGCCAGAAGAAAAAUUCCCUGUUAGUCAAGCCAAGAACAAAUGACCUGUUUGUGCUCUUUAUCUGAUUCUAAAAUCUGCUGCCAAUUUAUUUAACCCUUUUUGUCCUUAAAAAAUGUAUUAGGCUAACAUCACUGUUAAGUUCCUAGAUUGUUAGAGAAUGGUCAUCUUUGGAAUGGUUAAAUCUAGUACUUUUAUUCACUUCAUAUCAGUGGGCUUUGAGGAAGGUGGAUUAAGGAGGAGAACCUUCCUUUUGAUCUCCAAGAUUUUGUAACAUUGAUUGUUGACAAGUGGGGUGGGGAAGUUGUGUGUGUUUUGAUUGUUGAUAAGUAGGGUGGGGAAGUUAUGUGUUCUUCUGCCUAUAAAAAGUGGUUAGGAGAAGCUGAUCGUGUGGUUUUACAAUUAUAUAUACAGCUUUGGAAUCCCCUUCGAACUACAUUACCGCAUUUUUUCAUUUUUGUGGUGCACUCAUUUUUUUUAAGGAAGUUAAAUUUUGAUAGUGUGUUGCAGAUUGUGUUGAAUGUCAACUUUAAUAUGAUCAUUUUAAGAAUUG